GAGUCCGGCCGAAGGCAGCGUCCCGGCGUCAGCGUCGGCGUCGACACGACGGGCGUCCGUCAGUGCGCGUGUGACAUGGCUGCGAGGCGCUACUACGACGACCUGGACGACGUCCUCCACCUCGCGAUGUGAUACACCACCCGCGACACCCUCGUCUACUCGAUUGUUGCGCGACUCGCAGCGGUAUAUCGAUAUCGGGAAUGAGUCAUAAUCGUCGAGCGUACCAAAAGACUAUAUAAUCUCGACACGUCAGAAAGAGGGAACAAGGAAUUGGAAUCACUCGGGGAAUAUCCUUUUAGGCUUUGUUGACGUUCUCUCUUGUCGGUGAUUCCGGAAAUUCCCUCGAAGAUUUUAUUCGCGAAUAGGAGCGAAAGAAAUACGAUUGUUCGUGCGAGAGAAAUUCAGAACGAAAAUUGUUCUGAAAUCUUCUUUCGAUAAUUAUUAUGUCGGGUUGUUGAUUGUCAGGGCGACAACGGUGAUUGCGUGUCGAGAGAUCGAGACGCGUGGACAGGAAGAGCGGUACGAUGUAAGAGAAAAGUGACUCUGAGUCCUAAGAUGACAAAUCGAAGGAUUAAUCUUUAGCAAGUGCGAUCUUAUCUCGCGUCUAUGAAGUGCAACGUAGCAUUCCUACAGAUAGACGAAACUGCAUUCCCUCUAGUCUCGAUCGGUGAAAACUGUUUUCGAGAAAUUGUACAUAAAUGCUCGCACAGAAAACAUACGGUAUUAGUGGCGUAUUCUCAAUUCCCAAUCGAAUGUUAAUCAAUGAUAGAUUUCGCCGCAUUCAAUGUCGCACAUAUCGUUGUCAUGGCGGCGCCAGAAUAUGACUCUUAAACUGUUAUGUAGAAAAAUCGAACUCUGUUGAAACGCGAGCUACUGCUCGCCAAAACUUUAUAUACAUAAAACUCUUCUAAUCUAGAAAUAGACGUGCUCCGAUAAAACAAUUCGAUGAAUCAUGGCGCGACUUUGAAUGGGAGCACAAAUAACCGCGAGGAUAAUCCUCGAGGUUGAUCGAUCAUCAACACGGAUAGUGCGUGUAAUAAUACGGCUGCGAGCUGCGCGUCGAGGCAAUUUUUUCUCGAGUCUAACUAGAAUAAUAAUUCGGCGCGUCGCGAAUAGAGGUGCGGAGAAAAAGGAGAGUGCAUGUGAAGGUGCGCGCUCGUGCGUGUCUGUGCGCGAAGUGCAUAAAGCAACGAUGGAAUAUCGGUGAGAUCACGAGGUCACCGCAGAAUGCCUGAGCCGAGGGCAAAGCGCUGUAAACACUGUGACGAGUCUGGCCACAGGUUGGACAGCGGUUCCCCGUUCUGGAGGAUUCAACUCGAUCAGGACCUUCUGGAUACCAUCAGUGCGAUCUAUCCGGAGUGGUUUAAGGAUUACACUAACAGUCGAGCAGCAUCGACAUCGUCCCCCACGUCUUCGGGUGCUUCCAGCGCUCAAUCCUGCGACGAGAACGCCGCCGUGGUCGUCGUCGAACGCGGCGGCGAGCACAAGAUCGCCAAAGGCGACGCCAAGUCGAGAUCCAAGGUGAAAAAAGCGGACGGCCACAAGGAUAAGGAUCGGGACAGGAAGGAUCCUAGGCGCGACGCCAAGGACGAGAGGGACACUGGAAACGGUAAGAAAGGGACGAAGCCCUCGCCGCAGCAGGAUAAAGCAGCGGCGGACGCGGCAGGAAGGAAGGCCGCUGGUGCUGCUGCUCCAGAAUCGGGAUCGGAGAUGGCCGAGGGCAAUCAGUCGCCGCCGAAGGCGGAGGUAGACGAUUCCCCCCUCCAACACGCCAUGGAUCGCAACAAAGAAUCGUUGAAGGUGAAGCUCAUGCUGAGGCGACCCAUCAAUCAGCUGGUUGCGCAAGGCAUCAUGCCAUCGCUGAAAACGCCACCGGCGUUUCACGAGCAACGGAAGCAGCUGGAGCGAGCAAAGACAGGCGAUCUGCUGAAGGCGAAGAUCCAGCAGAGACCAGGUAGGGACGAGCUCGUCCGACAGCACAUCCUCGAAGAUGUGGGUCACGUGGAUCCGAGUCUGGCCGAGCGGCAACGGAUGCUGAAGAAGGCCAGGCUAGCCGAUCAUCUCAACGAUCAGCUCAGUCAUCGACCCGGACCGCUCGAACUCAUCCAAAAGAAUAUCCUUCAUACUGAAGAGCCCAUCGAGAGGGCAGUCAAAGAGGGUCACAUUCCCUUCAAGGCCACCUGCGAGGGGCAAGUGACGAAGCCCCAGCAUCCGGACCACUACAUUACCUUCGAGGAUGACUCCCAAAGUUCGGAGGGCGCGCCCUCACCGCAAUUGGAAUCGCGGUCGUCGGACGUUCUGGAAACCGCGGCGGCCUCCGCGGGUAUCGUCACAGUUUCCCUCAGCAUACCCACAACCGGCGGCGCCGUUGUGGUCUCGUCGACAUCCCCUGUGUUUCAGCAGACAUCCACGGAAUCGACGAUACAGACCUUCGCCGAGCUUUGCAACACCGUUGUAGGCUCGCAACAGCAAAGUCAACAACAACAAAUCCAGCAGGCUCAGCAGCACACGUCUACGCAGGCGAGUCAGACGACAAAUGGCCCGUCGACAACCCUCCUGCCACUGGCGCCGGCGCCGAGCCCGAUGUCCCUGGGCUCAACCACAUCCAGCCUGAGCCCUCUGUCCAACAUCUCGAUAGCGUCGCCCCCGGCGCCGCCGCCGGCGGCAAUCACCCCGCGGCCCCAGCCGAGCCCGAUUGCCGCCGUCACCACGUGCCAAAGGAGCGACGCCCCCGGAAAGGACAAGAACAGAAAGAAGUCAAAGACCAAGAGCCAGCCCAAGACCCGCACGAUUAAAUUCCACGAGUACAAAGGUCCCCCAAACGCGCAGAAGACACCAGUGUCGUCUAGCACUUCCGGUCUUGGCGCCGCGCAACCCGGUGAGACCAGUUAUGAACUGCUCCUGCAGCAGCAGCAACUGUUCCUCCAAUGGCAACUCGAGUGGCAGCACAAGUAUCCACAGAUUAUCUUGCCGGCCGCGCAGAAGCCGCUGUCACUUACAAGUAGCAGUGCAAGUGAUGCUGGUAGCGUGAGCGGAAGCAGUGCAAACGCUGCUAGUCCAGCUCCUUCAAAUUCUUCGAACAAUCCUUCGGAGCAACCUCCGUUGAGGCCCUUAGGCAAGCUGGAAGACAUGAAAGUGAGCGAUCUCAAGGUGGAAUUGAAACGACGGAAUUUGCCGGUGUCGGGAUCGAAACCGCAAUUGAUUGAACGAUUAAAGCCCUUCACGGAAUCAUCUAGUAGCAACUCAAUGUCCAACGGACCGCAUGUAACGCAUAUGGGUCACAUCUUAAUGGAUACGCCUGGCCCGAUGGCAACGGACGAGUCCAGUUCUCAAGCCAAGAGUCCGAGUUGUAUCGUGAAGGACGAACCGAAUAGUCCACGAACCGCCUCGCCUCACAGUAGCGAGCACGAUGAUCCGUCGAGUCCGCCAGUUCGUGUUUCAGGAGAUGAUAUCAUCAAGGUGCAGAGGAGACGGAUAGAGGAGUUACAACGCGAGCUGUACAAGUCGCAACAACAGCUUCAGCAAAUCCGCCAGACGCAGCCAGCCACGGUGCGCGCCGAGAAGCUGGUCCUCCAGCAACACAUACAAAAUAAAAUGCAACAGCAACAAUUACAGUUACAUUUACAACAGCUUCAACAUCUACAACAGCAGCAGCAUCAGCAACAACAACAACAACAACAGAAUCAACAACAAUCACACCAACAAACGCAACAACAAGCCACAAUCCAACAACUCAAUGCGAAAGCGAGUCUCGCGGCCUUUUUACAGGCACAGCCAAAUAAUGCGACCGCCAUUCUCGAUUCUGCGACUCUAACUGCGAUCAACAACAAGAAAAAUCAGUCCAAGAAUAGCACUACUGUUCAAAUACCUACAGCGAUCGUUCUGAAUCUGGCAAAACCGACCAAGCUGAAUGGCUCAUUGCUCGGUGCUCUUGUGGCUCAGGCACAAGCUCAACAACAUCAAACAACUACCUCUGAUGACAGUAAGCCGCCACCGCCGCAAUACGACGAAGCCGCUAAGUUGUUGAAGGUUAAAAUCGAGCCGGUUCAGAAAAAUCACAUAAAGAGCCAAGAGGUUGACGAUGUAUUAGAAAUUCUCAUCAGGAAUGGCGAAUUACCGCCGAGUGCCGCGCAAGAUCCGGCUACUCCUACGACUCCGAAUCGUCAGCUGCAACAGAAUCUGGUUUUUACCGCGCCGGCGGACAGUCCAACUCAAUCCUUGGUCUUUACAGCUGCUAGUCCAAUGAGUCCCAUCAGUCCGAUACCGAUGGAAGUAUCCCAGAGCGGUUGCUCAAGUCCAUCAACACCGGCACCGCCACCGCCACCGCCGUUGCCGUUAACGGCAUUUUCCAUUCAAUUACCCAAUGCGUUGCAACAAUUGCAACAGCAGGAGGAGAUCUCGUCCUUCAGUACGGAUCUUUUGAAUACCGAGGCCGAAAUGGACACCGCUAUGUUGCUCAGUCCUCAAUCGACGCAACAAGCAUCUCCAGAUCCUCAGCCACCGCAAGAAGUGACUUCUUCAGAUAAUGCGAAUUUGGAUCUCAAAGAACUAGGACUGGAUUUAGAAACGUUAGAUCCAAUGGAUUUUGUCCAGUUGGACUGCGACAUGCCAAUGGAUAUGGACGAUCCGGAUUGGUUAGACUCUCUGAUGCCGCAAUCGCCCACAACUUCUACAACAUUGUCGUCAUCCAACCAUCAAUCUACUAUGCCGUCGAUUAGUCUCUCGUCCGCCACAGAUAUCUAUGACCCGCUCUUAGGCAGCAAUCAGUACUCCUUUGAUCUCUUUAAUAUGGAAGACUCCGAUUUCAAGAUGUCAUCCGAUUUAUCUCCAAUGACAUGGGACAAAGUAGACUUCGCGACCUAGCCCAAGAUACUCUUUCGUAAUCCGGCAUUAUGUACUUAAUUCUUGGUAAGCAAACAAAAAUAUAAUUCGAGAGAAAGAGACAAAGGGAUGCGAAUAGUCAGAUUAUUAUAUCCAUUUGGUCGGAUUUAUCCGGUGCAUUUUAUAUAAAUCGUUUCGCGACAUCCCUCUUUACCUCUGAUGCAUCUUAUGACGAGCAUAUCGAUGUUACAUCCAACAUGUACUUAUACGCGCGCAUCGAGAUAAAAAGUGUUUCAGCACGUUUUUUGCAGCACAGGUUAAGUAUUGAAAACAUAAUCAUACUGCUGAAAAAGAUAGUAACGCAAUCGUAAUCGUAAAUAACAAGCAAGAACGAGAAGAAUAUGGACCAGUCCUUACAAUGUUUGACGCGCGUGUUAUCGCGCAUUCUUUCUCGAUUAAUGACUACUAAUUACACAUUGUUACUUUGAUCGAUAAAUAUGAUCGUUUUCGCGAAAUAAUCAUCCGAUAAAUGCUUAGAAUGAGCUUUGUGAGUGUUUCCCUUCUGGCAUUCAUGUAAAAUUAAAAUCCUCGAUUAAAUAGCAAUGUGCAAGAAUUAGAGUGAACGCUCUUAUAUAUUAGAGGGAAAAGGACGAUAGUUCUGGAAACAAUUGCAAUACUUUCAAAAUUCUCCAAAGAAUCUGCUUAUUAUACAUUUUUAAGCUAGUUUUUACUGUUCAGUCGUGUGUUGCUUUUAAUAAUUGCGAGAAAUAUCGUGUGUGUCAAACAAAAGAAGAUGAGAAAUACUGCGUAUAUAUGAUCUUCUCGAAUAAAUUUUCCGCCCCCUAAAUCGCUAUCCUCCGCUCUCCCUUAAUUGUAAUCAAUCGUAACAUAACCGCAUAAUUAUAUAUACUUACAAAAUCUAAUAUAAUACGAUAAUAAUAAUAAUUAUUAUUAUGUAAAAGUAUACAUAUAUACGCAUAUAUAUACGUAUACACAUAUGUAAAAUAUACUUAUAUGCGCUUGACAUCUGCGAGUCAACUAACGUUUAGAUACGCGAGUUCAAGGACUUUUCAGCGCAGUUAUAAAUAUUUUCUAAGCUACAGAGCAUGUGAUGUUAGGAAUUAUUGCGUAUUUUAAUCGAUAAUCAUUAAUAAUAGAGAUGAGAAAAAUCGUGGGAAAGGCUGCGCGCGAACAAGCUGCACAAUCGUGCCGGGAUCGGUUGCCACGGUGCAGUCCUUUGAUCCUUCUCCCGCGACUAAUUAAUCUUUUUGAGAUGUUUUGUAACAUUCCAUGUUUCCAAACUACGAACAAGAGAGAUCAAAGCCACGCGUAUCACGAGCCGCAAUCAUUACGCACAUCGCAUAAACGAUUGCUAUAUUAAUCGAAGAAUCUUGUCUCGGAAAUGUUGUGUCGGGUUAUACAGUUACUUUGUAAAACUCUAUCGCCGUGUAUAUUUCUGAAACGUUCUUCAAAGACCAAGCGGCUUUACGCGUUGACGUAACGACGAAGGACUGUGCCGGCGAGCUCGGUUAUAAGGGAAAGAAUAUGUAUGUAUGUAUGUUGCAUGUAUGGGAAAUUGUCUUAAAGAGCGUGGAUGCUUAUCUGUGAAAAUAUAAGAAAAUCUCGGCUUAAUUGCAACAUGACAAAAUGAUAACAUUUGCAUGACAAAUCUGAUCUUUGAAAAAAAUCCAGCAAACAUUUAAAUAAUGUAGAAAUA